UCCACACCCGGUUGCUUGUUGUCGUUCGGGCCCGGGCGACGCGCUCUUAUUAGCUGAUCAGGGAUCGAUAAUCACGUUAUUAUGGAUCGCGAACGCCGAUUAUCUUUCCAUAGGACAUACAUCGGAAGUGAUGCUCGGUUUUGAGACACAUGUCGGAUACAGUACAGGUUUAAACCGGUUUAAAGCUCCCGGGGGCGGCUAACCGAGCAACCAGCACUAGCAGCUAACCCUAGCUAGCAGCUCCUCUGAGGCGUUCUGAAGAUCUGUCAUCUAAGAGAUGACUAUACCAUCAGCAAGGAGGAGCUAAGGGAUAACGAGAUGUCUGAGAACCAAGGCCCCGGGAACAACGUUCCUCUGAACAACAACCGGCUGAGGAACCCCAACAUCAACCAGAACCCUCUCAUCAACGUCCGAGACCGCCUCUUCCACGCGCUGUUCUUCAAGAUGGCGGUGACCUACGCGCGGCUGUUCCCGCCCUCCUUCAGGAGGGUGUUUGAGUUCUUCGUCCUGCUGAAGGCUCUCUUUGUGCUCUUCAUCCUGGCCUACAUCCACAUCGUCUUCUCCCGCUCACCCAUCCGCUGCCUGGAGGCGGUGCGGGAGGAGUGGCCCCGCGACGGCGUCCUGCGGGUGGAGAUCCAGAGGAACUCCACCCGGGCCCCCGUGCUGCUGAUGGGGCGGGGCCAGGAGGAGGAGCCGGGCACAGGGGGCGGAGUCUUCACACUGCAGCCGGGCGGCGAGGAGGAGGAGGAGGAGGAGAUGACUCUGGAGAUGUUUGACAACAGCUCGGUGAAGUUCCAGCUGGACAUCGAACCCCGACUGAAGCCCACGCUGAGCGGAGGGGGCGGGGCUAACGGCAGCCAGGACCUGUCAUUCAGCCAGGCUCCUGCUAAAGUCUGGCCCCAGGAGGAGUACAUCGUGGAGUAUUCUCUGGAGUACGGGUUCCUGCGUCUGUCCCAGAACACCAGACAGAGACUCAGCAUCCCGGUGAUGGUGGUGACGCUCGACCCCAUGAAGGAUCAGUGUUUUGGGGACAGCUUCAGUCGGUUUCUUCUGGAUGAGUUCCUGGGAUACGACGACAUCCUGAUGUCCAGUGUCAAGGCCCUGGCAGAGAACGAGGAGAACAAAGGGUUCCUGAGGAACGUGGUUUCCGGGGAACACUACAGAUUCGUCAGCAUGUGGAUGGCCCGGACCUCCUACCUAGCAGCCUUCCUCAUCAUGGUCAUCUUUACCUUGUCCGUCUCCAUGCUGCUGAGAUAUUCCCACCAUCAAAUCUUCGUGUUCAUAGUGGACCUGCUCCAGAUGUUGGAGAUGAACAUGACCAUCGCCUUCCCCGCGGCUCCUCUGCUCACCGUCAUCCUGGCCCUCGUUGGCAUGGAGGCCAUCAUGUCGGAGUUCUUCAAUGACACGACCACAGCUUUCUACAUCAUCCUCAUCGUGUGGUUGGCCGAUCAGUACGACGCCAUCUGCUGCCAUACCAACACCAGCAAACGACAUUGGCUGAGGUAA